AUGGUAACAUGGGAGGAGAGACAUCAGCACACAGAGCAGAGAGACCAGCUGACUCUGCGUGUGAAGGCUCUGAAGAGGCAGGUGGAUGAAGGAGAGGCCGAGGCGGAGCGGCUGGAGGGAUUGAGGAGGAAGGCUGUUAGAGACAUGGAGGAGAUGCAGGAACAGAAGGAGGCGCUGCAGUCCAGAGUCACGGCACUAGAGAAUGAGCUCAAGCGUGUGAGAUUUACACAGAAGAUAUUAAGCUCUGACGAUAAUGAUGAUGAUGAUGAUGGAUUUUAUUAUCAUUCCAGCAUAACCUCUAUUUUUACCAAGAGAAACCUACAGACCAGUUCCUGCUAA